GCUGAAUCAAAGUCUUACAUGAAUCAGAGUUUCUUCAAUCGUGGUAGCCAUAAUUGCCCUCUUUUCGUUCUUCAAAUCCCCAAAAAAACACCUCAAUUUGUAUUUUUUAGAAGUCUGAACCUUUGUUACUCGCUGUCUCUGCUUGUAUCUGUUGCUUUCUUUCAAAACAAUUUCGCUUUUUUUAAUUGUCAUGGUUUGGUUGAGUUUUUCUUCUCUCAUACGGUUCACUAUUUGACUUUCAGUUUUCCACUAAAGUUCCUUUCUUUCUCCAUCUGGGCAUAGAAAUUUUCAAUCUUUUUCCCUUUCCCCCUCUUGAGGCUGCACCUAUUUAUUGGAAAAGGGUGUCUUGUAUUGUCUGAUUUCUUGUACAUGGCCAGUGCAUCUGGGUCUUUUCAACCUUCAGUUCCCAGCCUCAGGCAGGUGAUUCAGCCUCCAGCAGGCUUUUCUCGAUCUGGGUUUUCCUUAUCUCAGCGAAAUUUUAAGAAGACAGUGUGCUUCAGUACCGUUAAGGGUGCACAGAAGCAUGUUUCUUCGUCUGAAUCUCGUCUUCCCAGGCUUGUCAGUAAAGGGUGCAAAUUAGUCGGAUGUGGCUCAGCAGUGCCAACCCUUUCAGUUUCCAAUGAUGAUCUUGCAAAAAUAGUUGAUACUUCUGAUGAAUGGAUCUCCAUUCGUACUGGAAUUCGCAAUCGACGGGUUCUUUCAGGAAAGGAUAGCUUAACAAGCCUAGCAGUUGAUGCGGCAAGGAAAGCUCUUGAGAUGGCAGAUGUUGAUCCUGACGAUCUUGACCUAGUGUUGAUGUGCACCUCUACUUCUGAAGAUCUGUUUGGUAGUGCUCCACAGGUCCAAAGAAAGCUUGGGUGCGGAAAAGCCCCUUUGGCUUAUGAUAUUAGAGCUGCAUGUAGUGGGUUUGUGUUGGGAUUGGUCUCAGCUGCUUGUCAUAUUCGUGGGGGUGGAUUUCAGAAUGUUUUAGUGAUUGGGGCUGAAGGUCUUUCUCGAUUUGUUGAUUGGACGGACAGAUCAUCCUGUAUUCUCUUUGGGGAUGCAGCUGGUGCAGUAGUGAUACAGGCCUGUGACAGCGAAGAGGAUGGUUUGCUUAGCUAUGACUUGCAUAGUGAUGGUGAGGGUGGAAGGCAUCUCAAUGCCACCAUGAAAGAAAAUAAAACAGAUGAUGAGUUGGAUUCUAAUGGUUCAGUGUUAGACUUCCCUCCUCGAAGGGCCUCUUAUUCUUACAUUCAGAUGAAUGGUAAAGAAGUUUUUCGCUUUGCUGUACGAUGUGUUCCACAAUCAAUCGAAUCUGCUUUAGAAAAGGCUGGUCUCACUACCUCCAGCAUUGAUUGGUUGCUGCUCCAUCAGGCAAACCAGAGGAUCAUUGAUGCAGUUGCAACACGGUUAGAAUUUCCUCCGGACCGGGUAAUAUCAAAUUUGGCAAACUAUGGAAACACAAGUGCUGCAUCCAUUCCUCUAGCACUGGACGAAGCAGUUAGAAGUGGAAAGGUGAAGUCAGGGCAUACUAUUGCAACUGCAGGUUUUGGUGCAGGUCUAACAUGGGGUUCUGCUAUUGUUAGAUGGGGAUGAAAACUUGCCUUUUCCAGCCAAUCAACCAUAAAAAAAGAGAGAACAGAAUUCGUUCCAACUGGGCGACGACUAGCUCGUGAAUUCUUGCUUUCUGUUCUCAAAUGUAAUGGAGAUGCAUAUAGGAAGGUUUCAGUUGAACAUCAAAUAAGCUUUUAUUCUUUCUCUUCAAGUCCUUUACUUUUACCGUUUCCAAAUCCGCUGUAUCACCACAAUGCGUGGCAUAUAAUAAACAUUUUCUUAACUUUAGAACGCCAGCAUUUUUUCAGUUUGAUAAACAAUUCUAAAUUCU